UUGAAGACUAGGCGAAGGCUUGCUGCGGUUUAAACGGAUCCGGUUGCCGACAAUGAAGACGGAUUUCAAGUUUUCCAACCUACUGGGGACGGUUUAUCGCAAAGGUAAUCUGCUCUUCACACCUGAUGGCAAUUCUCUGCUCUCCCCGGUGGGCAAUCAGGUCUCGGUCUUCGACUUGGUUCAUAACACUUCCUAUACUCUUCCCUUCGCACAUCGCACCAAUAUCGACCAUCUGGCACUCUCCCCGAAUGGAAAGCUCCUUUUAACAAUCGACGAGAAUGGCCGCGCCAUCUUGACCAAUUUCCCGCGCAGAAUUGUGAUUCACCACUUCUCUUUCAAGGGCCGCGUCUCCGCCCUCAAGUUUGCCCCGUCCGGUCGGUUCUUCGCCGUGGGUGUAGGAAGACGGCUACAGUUUUGGAACACACCCACAACGCCCGGAGUCGAUAACAAUGGAGAAAUUGAGUUCGCGCCAUUCGUUCUACACCGCGAUCUUGCCGGCCAUUUUGAUGUGAUCCAACAUCUUGAAUGGUCGAGUGACUCCCGCUUCCUGAUCACAGCCUCCAAGGAUUUGACCGCCCGGAUAUGGAGUUUGGACCCGGAAGAGGGCUUUGAGCCCACCACGCUGGCUGGCCAUCGUCAAGGGGUUAAAGCCGCUUACUUUUCCGCCGACCAGGAAUCAAUCUACACAAUCAGUUCCGAUGGAGCUGUUUUCCGAUGGGAAUACGUCACGAAGAAGGAUCCGGAAACCAUGGAAGAUAUUGCGGACGCGCGUUGGAGGAUUGUCAAGAAGGACUUCUUCAUGCAAAACGAUGCCAAGGUCAACUGCGCUGCCUUCCAUGCGCCCACGAAUCUUUUGGUUGUUGGGUUCUCUAACGGCUUGUUCGGGCUAUAUGACAUGCCCGAGUUCAAUCAAAUCCAUCAAUUGAGUGUCUCUCAAAGCAACAUUGACUGCGUGAUCAUCAACAAGUCGGGUGAAUGGCUGGCAUUCGGAUCCUCUCAACACGGGCAAUUACUGGUGUGGGAAUGGCAGUCCGAAUCAUACAUCUUGAAACAACAAGGUCACUUAGAUUCUAUGAACACUUUAACCUAUUCUCCUGACGGUCAAAGAAUUGUGACCGCAGCAGACGACGGAAAGAUCAAGGUCUGGGAUGUCAAAUCUGGCUUCUGCAUUGUGACCUUCACCGAACAUACAAGCGGUGUCACGGCAUGCGAAUUCUCCAAGAAAGGAAAUGUUCUGUUCACAGCAUCUUUGGACGGUUCCAUUAGAGCAUGGGAUCUUAUUCGCUAUCGAAACUUCCGGACUUUCACUGCUCCGACGCGGUUGUCUUUCUCUUCACUCGCUGUUGAUCCCAGCGGCGAGGUUGUUUGUGCCGGCUCUCCGGACUCGUUCGAUAUCCAUGUCUGGUCCGUGCAAACGGGACAAUUGCUCGAUCAACUCGCCGGUCAUGAGGGUCCCGUCUCGGCCCUCUCAUUUGCAGCCGACGGUAACCACUUGGUGAGUGGUAGCUGGGAUCACACGGUUCGGAUUUGGAGCAUCUUCGGCCGUACGCAGACGAGUGAACCCCUUCACCUGCAGGCCGAUGUUCUGGACGUUGCUUUCAGACCUGAUGGCAAGCAGGUUGCAGCAUCGAGUUUAGACGGCCAAUUGACGUUCUGGUCUGUUAAUGAUGCUGUACAGAUUGGUGGCGUUGACGGCCGUCGUGACGUCUCAGGAGGACGGAAGACCACUGACCGUCAAACUGCCGCAAAUGCUGCAGGAACGAAGUCCUUCCGUUGCAUCAAGUACAGUGCGGAUGGCAGCUGUAUCCUGGCUGCUGGAAACAGCAAGUAUAUCUGUUUGUAUGAUGUGAGGACUGGAUCGAUGGUGAAUAAAUAUACCGUGUCAGUCAACACUUCCCUCGAAGGCACUCAGGAGAUUCUCAAUAGUCGCAAUAUGACGGAGGCUGGCCCUCGCGAGCUUAUCGAUGAGACAGGCGAGGCUUCAGAUGCGGAAGCGCGCAUAGAUCGCAACCUCCCUGGCGCGAAGCGUGGUGACCCUGGAUCUCGGAAAGUCAGACCGGAAGUUCGGGUCACAGGGGUAGACUUUUCGCCGGCUGGCCGUUCAUUCUGCGCAGCCUCCACGGAAGGUCUUCUCAUCUACAGUCUGGAUAAUGAUGUAGUGUUUGAUCCUUACGACCUGGAUAUUUCGAUCACUCCGUCUAGUAUUAUCGCUACCCUUGACGCCGCCAAGCAGGCCGCAGCGACCGGCCAGACGGAUGAUGACAGCACGUUCCUCAAGGCGUUCAUCAUGGCAUUCCGCCUGAACGAGAAGAAUCUCAUCCGGGCAGUUCAUGAAGCGAUUCCUCCCGCCGAUAUUCCCCAUGUCGUGCGCGCCGUGCCAACUGUUUACCUUCCCCGCCUACUUCGCUUUGUCGCCCAUGCUGCCGAGGAAACUCCACACCUGGAGUUCAACCUGCUGUGGAUUGAGUCUCUUUUCAGCUUCCAUGGUCGCUAUUUCAAGGAGAAUGCGGGAACAUUUGCACCAGAGCUUCGUGCUGUCCAGCGUGCUAUCGAUGAGAUUCACAGUAGCUUGAAGAGACUGACAGACAAGAACAUCUAUGAUCUCAACUUCCUCCUUGCGAAACCUGUGCUUGCAGGCAAGAAGCAGCCUAGUCUUGUUCUGGCUGCUCUCAACGGCGAUGAAGAUGCUGCCACUGGCGGAGACCAGGUCUUGGAAGAUACAGCGGCGGAAGGCGAUGAUGGUGAGUGGAUGGGCCUUGAAUGAAUUGUAUGUCCUGUCUGUGUACCUUUAUACUUCUGUUAUUCCUGUUCUCCUCUGGUCAUGUGUUUGGCCUCGCAUGUGCUCCUGGCGUUGAUUAUGUGGUAUACCUGGAAAGAAAAAAGGGGGCACCAAAAAGUUUGGAGUCUCGAUGAUGCUAUGUUUAUAGGAUAUGUAGCGCAUAUACACCAUAUAAUGAAGAAUCUU